UGUGUAACUUUGAUUUGAAAUAAUGGGAUGUGUUCUUGGAAAGUGUUGUUCCAGAUGUCCAUCAUCAUCAGAUGAUGAUUCAGGUCACCAUAAAGUAAAGAAACCUUUCAAAUGCAAACACAUUCUUACACAAAGGUCAUUGGAGUUAAUUCCUGUUCCAUCUCAAAACUUUACUUUGCAGUGCUCAGCCUUAACACAGCAUGGUUACUACCCAGACACGGUGGAGAGGGAAAACCAAGAUAGCUUCUGCAUCAAAACACAAAUUCAAGGUAACCCAAAUGUUCAUUUCUUUGGUGUCUUUGAUGGACAUGGUCAAUACGGUGCUCAAUGUUCCAACUUUGUUAAGGAUAGACUUAUAGAGAUGCUAUCUAGUGACUCCUCACUGUUGGAUGAUCCUUGGAAAGCUUAUAAUUCAGCAUUUUUAGCUACAAAUUCUGAGUUACAUAAUAGUGAGAUUGAUGAUUAUAUGAGUGGUACCACAGCAAUAACUGUGCUUGUUGUUGGGGAUACACUUUAUGUUGCUAAUGUGGGGGAUUCGAGAGCUGUGAUUGCUGUUAAGGAUGGGGAUCGAAUUUUGGCUGAGGAUUUAUCCGAGGAUCAAACACCAUUUAGGAAAGAUGAGUUUGAAAGGGUGAAGCUAUGCGGUGCCAGGGUCUUGAGUGUUGAUCAAGUGGAAGGCCUUAAAGACCCGAAUGUUCAAAAUUGGGGCAAUGAAGAAAGCCAUGGUGGUGAUCCUCCAAGGUUGUGGGUUCCUAAUGGGAUGUAUCCUGGGACUGCAUUUACUAGGAGUGUAGGUGAUAGUACAGCGGAGACAAUUGGUGUGAUUGCUGUUCCCGAGAUUAAAGUUGUUCGGCUCACACCUAAUCAUCUAUUCUUUGUGGUUGCAAGUGAUGGAGUUUUCGAGUUUCUCCCAAGCCAAACUGUCGUCAACAUGGCAUCGGCAUACACAGAUCCGAGGGAUGCAUGUGCUGCAAUUGCUGGAGAAUCCUACAAACUUUGGUUGGAUAAUGAAAAUCGGACCGAUGAUAUUACAAUCAUCAUUGUACAGAUUAAAGGCUUGUCAAAUUCGGGUGCUGGUGCCACAGAUAGCGGAGUGGAUUGCAGGCCAAUGGUUAUGAGGUCGGUAAAGGGAAGUCUCAAUAUGUGCAGUGUCUCGGAGUCGGAAACAUAUGGUUCAGUAAGAAGUGAUUUUUCAGAUAUACAGCAGUCUUUCCAACAGAGUGUUUCAAUGACAAACGCUGCGAUUGUUGUUCCAUCUCCGAUGCGGCAGAGGCCUGUGAAAUUAGAUGUGGGGUAGCCAAAAGGAAACAGAGAAGUUGCUUUCUUGGUGGAAGAUUCUCAUGGUGAGUGAUCUCAAGGCCCCAUGACAUCUUGCUGGUUUUGCUGAGGCCUGUGAAAUUAGAUGUGGGGUAGCCAAAACGAAACAGAGAAGUUGCUUUCUUGGUGCAAGAUUCUCAUGGUGAAUGAUCUCAAGGCCCCAUGACAUCUUGCUGGUUUUGCUGAUAACACUAUUUGUCAAGCAAACGUGUGCCCUUGGCGGUGAUCUUGCACCUAGUAACCCGAACGUGUGUAGAAAAGAAACCAUUUUCUCGAGAUUGAAGGUAAGUUAUGUUAUAGCAAGGUAAAAGCUGACAUUCACAAAAUGAACGGGGAUCUGGAAAUACGCUAUUUCCAUGUUAAUACACUUCCGAGGAAGAACUCCAUUUUGUUGCCUCUAAAGAUCA